GGCUCAUUUGCAAUUGAAUUCAGCUACUAUUGAAUGUUUAUCACCCUAAAUCAUGUGGUUGUUGGUUUUUCUGGUGAUUUUAGUGGUGGGUUUGCCUGUUCAAGGCCAAUUGAGAAAUGGGUUUUAUGCCUUUCCAUGUCCACAGGCUGAGGCUAUAGUCAGGUCCACUGUUGAAGCACACUUCCAAAAGGAUCCAACCAUUGCAGCUGGAUUGCUGAGGCUUCAUUUCCAUGACUGCUUUGUUCAGGGCUGUGAUGGCUCAGUGUUAAUUACAGGGUCUUCUGCAGAGAGAAAUGCAUUGCCAAACCUAGGACUAAGAGGAUUUGAAGUGAUUGACGAUGCUAAAUCACAGUUAGAGGCGUCGUGCCCUGGUGUGGUCUCCUGUGCUGACAUACUAGCUCUGGCUGCCCGUGAUGCUGUAGACUUGAGUGAUGGUCCGAGUUGGGCAGUCCCAACUGGUAGAAAAGAUGGUAGAAUCUCAUCAUCCUCCCAUGCCUCAAAUUUGCCUUCACCUCUUGAUUCCAUCGCCACUCAGAAACAAAAAUUUGCAGCAAAAGGCCUUGACGAUCACGAUCUCGUAACCUUAGUAGGGGCACAUACCAUAGGCCAAACGGACUGCAUAUUCUUCAGAUAUCGGCUAUAUAAUUUCACAACAACAGGCAAUGCAGACCCAACAAUAAACCAAUCAUUCCUGAGACAACUCCAAGCCCUUUGUCCCCAAAAUGGAGAUGGGUCGAAAAAGGUUGCAUUAGACAAAGACAGCCAGACAAAAUUCGAUGCAAGCUUUUUUAAGAAUGUAAGAGAUGGUAAUGGAGUUUUGGAGUCUGAUCAGAGACUUUGGGAUGAUGCUUCUACCCAUAAUAUUGUCCAAAAUUAUGCUGGCGACAUUAGAGGAUUACUUGGGUUUAGGUUUGAUUUCGACUUCUCUAAAGCUAUGAUUAAAAUGAGUAGCAUUGAAGUCAAGACUGGAUCAGAUGGAGAUAUCAGAAAGGUUUGCUCUAAGUUCAAUUGAGAUCAUUAAUUGUAAGAUAAAUAAAUAAUUUAUAAAAAUUAUGUCUUCUGAUGUGUCUUAUAUUUGUAAAUUCCACAUAUAAUAAAUUUAGAAAUAAUUUAAAUUA